ACCAUGCAGGGGCUCCUGCUCUGCUGCCUCGUGGCCCUGGCCUCGUGCCAAACUGUCCGCUAUGAGCUCAGCCUGAAUCCUCAGAAGACGUACGAGUACAGCUAUGCAGGAGUGGUGAAUUUUGGACUCGGGAUACCGAACCUGGCUGAAUCUGGAGUGAGGAUAACGUGCAAGGUCAAGAUCACUGGUGUGUCUGCACAAACAUUCAUCCUCAAGGUCUCAGAUUUACUCUUCGAGGAGUUCAAUGGCUUCCCGGGGAAAGACACCUUCACCGCCUCCCCGAAGCUCACCCAACGUAUCGCCGCCCAGCUCACCAAACCCUUCAUGUUUGAUUACGCCAGCGGACAUGUUGAUGACAUCCGGGCCUCUGCUGAGGUCUCUGACACUGUCGUCAACAUCGUGAGGGGGAUACUGGGCUUCUUCCAAGUCACUGUCAAGACCACACAGAAGAUCUAUGAACUGGAAGAGGUUGGCAUCCAUGGCAAGUGCCAGAGCAACUACAUUACUGAAGAAAACAUGGAGACCAAAGACAUGACCAUCACUCAGGUGGUGGAUGUGACUCAUUGCAAGGAGAAAGCAGCCAUCUACAGGGGGAUGGCGACUGCCGUGCUUGACCAGGUCGCCAAACAGAGAGGGGACUCUAUCGUUUCAACAGUGAGAUAUGUUUACACAGUCAAACCCACGGCAGAGGGAGGUCUCAUCACCACGGCUCACGGUCUGGAGCGACAGUACUUCAGUCCCUUCAACGUGAAGGGCGGCAAUUUCAAGAUGCAAGCAACGAAGCAAAUAGUGCUGCUCCAUGCGAUCGACACUGAGAGAGCUGUCAUGUUCGGGGCAGUGGAGAGCAAAGGAAACCUGGUUUACAAGUUUGUCAAUUCCCAAGCUAACGUCCCCAUAAUGAUGCAGAACCUGGACAACCCAGUUCCAAAGGCGAUGGAGUUGAUCAAGCAUCUGGCUGAGGCUAACAGAUAUCAGAUUGACAGUGCGACAACUGAAGACACCAUAAAGGUCUAUCAGCUCCUGCGAGUGAUUCCUUAUGAAGGGUUGGAGGAGAUGUGGAAGCAAUUUGCAGGAAAUGAAGAAUAUAGACGUUGGUUUCUGGACAUGAUCGUUGAGGUCGGCGAUGCCAGAAUCCUAAAGUUCCUGGAGAUGAGGUUUCACGCUGGAGAUGUGUCUGCAAGUGAAGCCCUGCAAGCCUUAAUGCUGUCUAUCAACCACCUCAAUCCCAUUCCUGAGCUGGUGGAGAUGGCUAAAAUGUUCCUGUACAUUCCCUUCUGUAAAUCCAGCACCUAUCUGUGGCACACUGUGGUGCUCAACUAUGGUUCUCUGGUUUAUAAGCACUGUGCAUAUUAUACACCCUGCCCAGUAGCUGCUGUUCAGCCUCUGUUGGACAUGGCCACGGAGGCUCUGAAGAACAACAGUGAGGCAGACAUGGUCCUGGCCCUGAAAGCUCUGGGGAACGCAGGUCAUCCAGGCAGCAUUAAAACCAUCAUGCGCUUCCUCCCCGGUGUGGCCGCCACCCCUGUGAAUGUGCCGCCUCGAGUGCUGAGCGCUGCCGUGCAGUCGAUGAGACUCAUAGCUGCCAGAGACCCUCAAAGUGUCAGGGACAUCACCAUGGCUCUGUUUGUGGAAAAGAACCUUCCAGUUGAGAUUCGCAUGCUGGCCUUCAUGAUCCUGUUUGACACCAAGCCGUCCAUGGCUCUGGUAUCCACGGUGACGACACAUCUCCAGCAGGAAAAAGACCUCCAUGUUGUUAGUUUUGCAUUUUCCUACCUGAAGAGUUUUGCCAGAUCCCGAACUCCAGACAACCAAUAUCUCUCAACUGCCUGCAAUGUGGCUGCGAAAAUCCUGGCCCCGAAAUUCGGCCGGGUCAGCUAUCACUACAGCAAAGCCAUGCGCAUGGAUUGGUUCAAUGAUGACUUCCUCAUUGGUACAGCUGCAGAAGUCUUUAUGCUCAGAAGUGCUACAAACAUCUUCCCCACUGAAAUCAUGAUGAAAGGGAAAUUCUUUUUCAUUGGAAGAAUUCUGCAGCUCUUGGAGUUUGGAAUCCGUGCUGAUGGAAUUAGGGAUUUGUUCGGCACAAGCAUCCCUGGAUUUAACGGGGAUCUAGAUUUCACUGACCUGGUGUCUGUUUUGAACAUGCUUCAAAACUGGGAGGUUCUGCCCAACGAUAAGCCAGUUCUCUCUGCCUAUUCACGUGCCUCUGGACAAGAGUGGUUCUUUGCUGACAUGAACAAAGAGUUCAUUCAGAACAUCAUCAUGGCUGUGCAUCCUGCUGCAGGGAAGGAAAGCCCUCUGUGGGAGGUGAUUGAGAAUCUACAGAAAGGAAUCUCAUGGCACAAGACCAAGCCUUUCUUGAUCUUUGAGGUUCGCUACCACCAAGCCACAACCCUGGGUCUCCCGCUGGAGAUUAGCAAAUAUUAUGAGUCAGUCAAUGGCAUCACAGUUAACGCUAAAACUGCAAUAAAUCCACCAGUGACUGAACAGCUUGGACAACUCCUGAAUUCUGAGAUUACACUGGAGACUGAUGGUUUUAUUGGCUACACAAAAGAUUUUUGGGUUUUCUAUGGGAUUAACACAGAACUGUUCCAGUGUGGCUCCGAGUUGAAGGCUAAAACUCCAAUCGGAAUUCCAUGGAAGUUCUCUGCCAAGAUCAACGUCAGAGAGAAGAAGUUUGAACUCGACUUUCCUGCGUGCAAAAAAGAGAUUGAAAUAGUAUCGGUCAGCUCCAAUGUGUACGCAGUCUCCAGGAACAUUGAAGAGCUAGAUAUGGCUAAAGUGACCCCAAUGAUGCCCAAAGCCAUUGACUCCAAUGAUGAAGUUACCCACACAGGCCCCUCAGUGGUGACGCCUGAGUCAGAUCAGGUGAUGAGAGCAAACUCCUGGCAUCCGGUAACCAAGAUGUGCGCUGAGAGUAACAUUUAUGGAGCUGGUCUCUGUGUGGAGUCUGAGUUAAGGAGAGAAUAUUAUAAUGAGGAGUACCCACUGUACUAUUUCUUGGGAUACACAAACUUGGCACUCAAAAUCGCCCCAGCUCAGGCAAUCAAAGCCGUUGACAAAAUCCACUUUGAGGUUAAUGCCGGCCCAAGCACACAUCAGAUGAGCACACGCCAACUGCUGGAGAGUCUGAGGAGGCUUUCCAAGGCGGCUACUCAGCAGAUACGUCUGUCCUCUGAUUCAGCCUCAAGCGUCAGAGGAUCUCAUCAGAGCCAGCCUGACAGCUUCUUGGAAGUCGGGAACUCGACACCUGAGGCCAUGUUCAACAUCAAAGCUUUUGCUUUGAGUGGCAACGAGAAGCCCCAGGGAUACGACGCAGCCGUGUACUACACGCCCGAGGCAAAUGUUAAGAAUACCCAACUGAUAGUGUCCCAGGCUGGAGAAGACACCAACUGGAAGAUGUGCAUGGACACCACUGUGACUGCCCAUGCUGAAGCAAAGGCACACAUCCGAUGGGGAGCUGAAUGUCAGUCCUAUGAAAUGUCAAUGAGAGCUGCAACUGCACAUCUGCCUGGUUCCAUGCCUACGCUCAAGGCCAAAGUACACUGGACCAAGAUCCCAGAGACCAUGGCCGAGCUGGGCAGACGAGUUGACAGCUACAUCCCCGGCAUGGCUUUGCUUCUCGGCUUCAACCAGCAACACGAGAGUAAUGCCGGUCAGGAGGUCUCUGCAUCAGUUGUUGCUUCCUCAGCAGACAGCGUCGAUGUGAAGAUUAGAUUCCCAGAGUAUACUGUGUACCGCCUCGCCAUCCCAGUUCCACUGCCACCUGCCAGUUCUCCGGAGUCACAGCUCGACAACAGAAACACAACAAUAGAUGGAUUCGGAUUUGCUUAAAAACAUGAAGACAACAAAGCCCAGAUGGGAGCCAGAUGCCUCUUUUCACAGUGAUAACACUGCAUCCCAAAUCUCACCUCCAUGAUAAAAGUGAGGAUCAUAAAAGAUGUAUCAGUGAUGCUUUAGAUGUCGCCGGUUUGGAAAUAACCUGUAACGCUCUUGAUUUAUUCAUUAGAAAGCCUGUUAAUAUUUGAACACCCUCUUUUGAUUCCUGCUCAUGUUCUAAAAUACUGUAUCUUCAUCAUACUGGAUUCAUAACAGCGGCUAUUGUGCUAAAUCUGGGUGUCGCAUAAUUAAAAUACAGAACAACCUGUUUCUUCCUUUAUUUUACCAUUAUGACGCUUGCAUUUUCUUUCAUUAUCUUCUGAAGGAAUUCAAGGGCAUUUCAACCUGAACUGAUAAGACAGUGUAAUAUGUCAAAUGGGGAGAGAGAAUGAGAGAAGUCACUGGUUGAAG